AGGGUUACUAAUUAGGAUUGUAAAUCAGCCUCAAAAUGAAUGUCGCUUCUGAUCUAGAAGGUUCUAAAUCUCGUUACAUUACCAAUCUAAGAAGAUCCUCAAGGUUGAUGCAAUUACAAUCUGCCAACCCUGUCACUGAGAAGAUGGUAGAUGAGGCUUCAAGUUCAAACAACCAACAGCCCAGUAAACGGGCUAAAAAGACUGAGGAAAAAUCUGAGGAAAAACAACAUUUUUCUUGCGGGAAUCCGAAAAACAUUGGUCGAUUGGGUGUCUAUAUCAAAUUUGACGCUGACAAUUUGGCUCCAGAGACUGCUCAUGUUGUUAACGGUUGUGCUACCUUGGCCAUUCAGGAUUAUGCUAUACAAAAAUUGCAAAACUGGCGCGACUGGCGCCUACUCAAAAUUGUUGAGGUGGCUAGGGUUACAGUUUCUGGAUUCAGGUACUACAUUACGUUUGAAGCCGAGAAUGCUCAUGGUGUGCACCAUACUUUUCAAGCAGACGUGUGGGAUAGUGUUAGACUUGGCAGACGUACCAAUGGUUUCAGGACUCUAAAACCUCGCAGCAGCAAAUGGUACUCUGGCAGUUUAUGGAUUCCACUGACAAGGUCUACAUCCUAUGUUUAUCCAUCCACUCCUGAUGUUCAAGCAUACCUCAAGGCUCGAGGACCAGGAGUGAUUUUUCCUCCAGGUUUUCCCGAGCCCCAAUACAACCUACUCUCGCCUCCGGAGAUAAUGGGCGAGGAUUGCAGGAAUACAUACGGCAAUAAACGGGCUAAAAAGAGGGACGAGAUCCUUGCUCCAGGGAGUGACCCUGUCAACCUCGAGCUUGACAAAUUGAGUGAUAAGGACACUGAUAUUCUUAAGGAUUGUGCCACCUUGGCAAUGCAUGAUCAUCUAAUCCAAACUUUGAACAUGGAAUGGCGUGACUGGGAACUUAUCAAAAUCAUGACUGCGUAUAGGAGUGAUAAUGUUUCUGGAACCAUUUAUAGUCUUAACUUUCAAAUUGGGCGUGCUGACAGUGCUCGGACUUUAGAAGCAGAAGUGUUUGCUGGUAAAGAUCAGAGACGGGUCAUUCGUCUUAGGGCUAUAAAGCCUGACAUUACCAAAUUGUACCCUGGCAAUUUAUGGAUUCCGAUAUAGGUUAUGGAUGUCAUGCAAAUUUGGACCUUUAUUAAGUAGGCUAUGGGAGCAGAACAAUAUGUUUGUAAAUAGAUCUUUUUGAUUGUGGUACUCUUAAAUGUUAACCUCUCUCUAUUUGCUACCUAUGUGACGUUUCACACCUAAAUAUGGAUUCCGAUAUGAUGUUCUGGA